AUGGAGCAGCAGCACACAUUAGCACGCAGCAACAGCAGCAGCAGCAGCAGCAGCAGCCUCAACUUGCUGCCUGCCGUCUUUUUGCUGCUGCGCAGCCUGAGGCCCUCAGCCUCAGCCACCGCCGCAGCAGCCUCCCCCCAGCCCCCGCAGCAGCAGCAGCAGCAGCAGGUGCAGCAGCAGCAGCAGCAGCAGCAGCAGCAGCAGCAGCGCAGCAGGAAGCUCUUUUCACGGCGCCAAGCCGCAAGCAACGGAGGGCCCCGGGGUAUCGCAGACGCUGCAGCUGCGGCCUGA